CACGGGCAUUCGUUUUGCUCUUGACGGGUUCUCCCGCACUGCCCUGGGGGACCCGGGCGUUGCACAAGGGCGUUGGGCCGGGGCCGUUUCCCCCGCGCUUCUGAUCCGAUCCCUGACAGACGGUGAGGAGGACAGAACCCGCCUCCGCGCCUCCGUACGAGCCGGGACCCUUGUAACCUGGUGUUCUACGGGGUUCCAGGGAUCGCGCUCUCUCCCGGGCCUCCGCACCCAUCCUUUGUCCCCGCGGCCCUCGGAGGCAGCAUCCCUGGGCCGUGUGCGCCGUGUACCGUGGGAGACUGAGGCCCGGAGCCCACCCUGGUCUGCUGUUUCCCACGGCUCCGCUCAGUCCGCAGGCUCCGAUGGCGGCAGCGGCGCUGAUGGACCCGGCACAGGGCCGGGUGACCUUUGAGGAUGUGGCUGUGUACUUCUCCCAGGAGGAGUGGGGGCUCCUUGAUGAGGCUCAGAGACGCCUGUACUGUGAAAUGAUGCUGGAGAUCUUUGCACUUGUGUCCUCACUGGGAUUUGUGUCUUCCAAGACCUGUGAGGUUGCCCAACUGGAACAGGGCAAAGAGCCCUGGGCACUUGACAGAGUGAAUGUAUCUCCAGCCACAACAAGAGAGGCCUGGAGGGAACAUGGCCUUGGUUGUUGGUGUGGGGUGGAGGACGACUCUUCUGAACAGGGCAUUUCUAGAGAAGGAGUAUUCAAAUUCGGGACCCCUGAGGCAGGUCCUUGCAACCAGAAGGCUAAUACCUGUGCCAUGUGUGGCCUUAUCCUGAAAGACAUUUUGCACCUUGCUGAACACCAGGGAAUACACCCUAGAAACAAACUGUACACAUGUGGAGCAUGUGGGAAAGGCUUCUGGAUCACCAGCACCAGAAGAAGCAGAGUGAAGUUUCACCAGCACCAGAAGAAGCAGAGUGAAGAGAAACCCUUGAGAUGGGACAAGGAUAGGGACUUGUUUGCAAAGAGCUGCCAUGUCUACCUGUCAGAGAAGCCCUUAAUGUGCAGGGAAGCUGGGAAGGAUGUCCUGAGCAGCCAUGACCCCCUCCAGCACCAGUCCACCCACAGCGAGGGGAUGUCAUGUAGUAGCACCAAGUACGAGGAGGCCUUCCAAUGCAGCUCCAGUCUUGGGCAGCAGCAAGAAAACCAUGCUGGGCUGAAGCCCUUCAAGUGCAGUAAUUGUGGGAGAGCCUUCCUGAAGGCCUUUGCUCUCCUUGACCACCUGCUAACUCACUCUGAAGAGAUAUCCAUUAGAUGCCCAACAGAGAGAAAUGCCUUCAAGGAGAAAUCAACCUUUGUUUAUCACCAAACAUUUCAAACUAGAGAAACAUCCCACAUGUGUAAAGAAUGUGGGAAGGCCUACAAUCACUUCUCUAAACUAAGGAUGCAUCAGCAAGUUCACAGUGGAAAAACGCAUUAUGAGUGCAGUGACUGUGGUAAAGCCUUCACUCGUAAGCACUCACUUGUUGAGCACCAGAGAAUUCAUUCUGGAGAGAAACCUUAUGAAUGUGGCCAGUGUGGAAAAGCCUUUACUCGCAACUUCCAUGUUCUCCGUCACCAAAAAGUUCACAAUACAGAAAGGCCUUAUGAAUGCAGACAGUGUCGGAGAGUCUUUAGCUGUGUCUCCAACUUCAUUGAGCACCAGAAGAUACACACUGGAGAAAGGCCUUAUGAGUGCAGUGAAUGUGGGAAAGCUUUCAUUAACAGUUCUCAUCUUGUUCAGCACCAGAAAGUUCACAACACAGAAAAGCCUUAUAAGUGCAGUGAAUGUGGGAAACUCUUCCGCCAAACCUCCAAACUUGUACUGCAUCAGAGGAUUCAUACUGGAGAAAGACCUUAUAAAUGCAACCAAUGUGAGAAAGCCUUCAGUUGCCCCUCCAACCUUAAUUCACACCAGCGAAUUCAUACUGGAGAAAAGCCUUAUGAAUGCUCAGAAUGUGGGAAAGCCUUCAGUCAGAGCUUUGCUCUCAUUCAGCAUCGGAAAGUUCACACUAGAGAAAGGCCUUAUGAGUGCAGUGAAUGUGGGAAAGCCUUUGGCUAUAGCUCUAACCUUGCUAAGCACCAGAAUGUUCACACUGGACAAAGGCCUUAUGAAUGUGGCCAGUGUGGGAAAGCCUUCACAGAAAGUUCCAACCUUAGUCAGCACCAGAGAGUUCACACUAGAGAAAGGCCUUAUGAGUGCAACAAAUGCGGAAAAUCUUACCGCUACAUCUCUAACCUUUCUAAGCACCAGAAAGCUCACCCUGGAGAAGAACCUUAUGAGUGCAGUGAACACGGGAAAGCCUUCCAUUUCAUUCAAAAGAAAUGUCACACCAGAGAAAGGCCUUAGUAAAGUGAAUGUGGGUAAGCAGUUUGCUGUAGCUUUCUCCUUGUUUGCCAUAAAGGACUCACUCCUGAGUAAAGUUCUAUGAGAGGAACCUUUGCAAGGAAGCCAUCAGCCCAAACUUAAAACUUGUAUCCACCCACACCACCACUGAAGAGAUGGCCAAAUACCAGGUAUGUGGAAUGCUUUCACAAGCUGCACUGAACUUCCUAACCCAACUAGGUCUUUUGUCAGAUUAUGUCACUGUGUCUGUCUGGUAGAUGCCAUCUCACUUCUGCCAGCAUGCACCUGUGUGGCAGCCCAGGGGAAAAGGGUGGAGCAUUGAGCACACAGUGCCCACAAGACCAGAGCACAGACAUUGAAGGUUACUGUACCUAGUCACUGUUGGUAUUCAACUUUCGUGAGACUCAGCUGAGGCUUCUUUGUAACCAAAUAUGGGAAGCUCUGCUGAACUAUAUAGGGCACUCUUCUUUCUCUUGUUUGUGUGGAUCAUUGAGUUGCAUUUCCCAACUGGACACCAUUGGGAAAAAUCUCCUGUAAGAAAGUCCCUAAUUAAAACUCAUGAGUAACCUUU